AUGAGUCUUGAAGACAAAGUCGAAAACCUCAAGUUGGACUCCCAGCCGCCUGCAGAGGUGGUUUUGGGCCCUGAUGGCCAGCCUCUUUCAAAGAAGGCCUUGAAGAAGCUCGAAAAAGAGCGCGAAAAGGAGAAGAAGAAGGCAGAAACCGCCGCCAGAAUCGCCCAGGAACAGGCCGCCAAGGCUGCGGCCGACGCUGCCAACGACACCGCCAAGGACAACUACGGCAAGCUGGGUCUGAUGCAGUCGAACCACAAGACGGGAAUUCCACGGAUUCUGUUCAACACCCUGACCCCUGAAGACGACGGCAAGGAGGUGGUGUUCAGAGCCAGAGUGCACAACUCCAGACAACAGGGAGCCACCAUGAGUUUCUUCUCGUUCAGACAGCAGGACGAGCUGAUCCAGGGUCUGAUAAAGGCCAAUGGCAGCUCUGUUUCCAAACAGAUGGUCAAAUGGGCCGCUUCCUUGAGCUUGGAGUCGAUUGUGCUGGUGCACGGUGUGGUUAAGAAGGUGGACGAGCUUGUCAAGAGUGCCACUGUUCAGGACGUUGAGAUCUCGAUCACCAAGAUCUUCUUGAUCUCGGAGACUCCUUCGCAGCUGCCGCUGUUGAUCGAGGACGCUUCGCGUUCCGACGCCGAGGCUGAAGCUUCGGGACUGCCUGUGGUCAAUCUGGACACCCGUUUGGACGCUCGUGUGAUUGAUCUGAGAACCGUGACAAACCAGGCCAUUUUCAGACUGCAAUCCGGAAUCUGUCAGUUGUUCAAGGAGUUCUUGAUCAAGCGCAAGUUUGUGGAAACUCACACUCCAAAGAUGAUUGCUGCUGCUUCUGAAGGUGGAGCCAACGUUUUCAAGGUCGACUACUUCAAAGGUUCUGCUUAUUUGGCCCAAUCUCCUCAGUUCUACAAACAACAGCUGAUUGCCGCCGAUUUCGAGCGGGUGUUUGAAAUUGCUCCUGUUUUCAGAGCAGAAAACUCAAACACUCACCGUCACAUGACCGAGUUUGUUGGUUUGGAUCUGGAAAUGGCUAUCGAGGAAGACUACCACGAGGCCGUCGAUUUGCUGUCGGACCUGUUCAUCUUCAUCUUCAGCGAGCUCAAGACAAGAUACGCUAAGGAGAUCGCCACCGUCAGAAAACAGUUCCCUGUUGAGGAGUUCAAGCUACCAAAGGACGGAAAAAUGGUGGUUCUCCACUACAAGGAAGGUAUCCAGAUGUUGAGAGACGCCGGAAAGGACGUUGACGACUACGAGGACCUGUCCACCGAGAACGAGAAGCUGCUGGGUAAACUGGUGCGCGACAAGUACGACACCGACUUCUACAUCCUGGACAAGUUCCCGUUGGCUGUCAGACCGUUCUACACGAUGCCAGACCCUGAAGACAGCAACUACUCGAACUCGUACGACUUCUUCAUGCGUGGCGAGGAGAUUCUGUCGGGAGCCCAGCGUAUUCACGACCCUACUCUGUUGGCCGAGAGAAUGAGAGCACACGAGGUGGACCCAACCACUCCGGGACUCUCAGACUACAUCCAGGCGUUCACAUACGGCUGUGCCCCGCACGCGGGAGGAGGUAUUGGUUUGGAGAGAGUGCUGAUGUUUUUCCUGGACCUGAAGAACAUCAGAAGAGCCAGUUUGUUCCCAAGAGAUCCAAAGAGACUCAGACCUUGA